GGAAUGUUUUAUGUUAUUCGCGUUUCCCUUUUUGAUGUUUAGAUGACAUAUAAUUUUCUUGACCAUAUCAUGUGUGUGUGACACUCAACGUUCAGCAAGGUCAAACCGAUCGAUUUUACAACUAUUCUAUCCUCUUCUAUCAUCUCCAAUUUAACAGAGACCCAGAAUGAACAACAGCUCGUCUACCAACGACACCGACGGCUACUAUACAGAAAACGAAUGUGAUUACGAGAUAACCAACACAACCGCUGAGCAAUGGAUCAAGGUCGCAGCCUGCCUGUUGGUCCUCGUCGUCUCCUUGAUAGCAAACUCCUUCAUCGUCUAUAUUGUUGCCAGGCAACGCAAGCUUCAAACCGUCACGAACUGUUUGGUGGCUAACAUGGCGUGCUGCGACCUUCUCAUUUCCCUAAUUAAUAUUCCGGAACUCAUCAAAGAGGAAGUGACGUUGAGCACGAAUAUGCCCACGGGGGGUACCCUGGGGAGUGUUCUUUGUAAAGGCAUGGUGUUUAGUCAGGAUGUAUCGUCCUUUUGUUCUAUUUUGACGCUCGUUGCGAUUGCUAUGGACCGGUACCUUGCUAUCAGGUGUCCUUACAAGAAGAUCAUCACCACACAAAAUGUAAAGUUCGUGAUUUGCGGGACUUGGGGCGUAGCCAUCCUCGUGAGCUCACCUCUCCUCUACGCCAACAAAAUCACACAAGACGAAUACGGAUUUUACUGUUUGGAAGACUGGACGCCGGCAUUUAAAGACACCAUCGGCUCCAGCCGUGCUUACACCAUCACCACGUUCCUUCUCCUCUACUUACUUCCCCUGUGCGUUAUAACCGGUCUAUACUCUGGAGUAGUGCAUCGUUUAUGGCACCGAAAAGUUCCUGGAAACCAAACCACUUCUUCCAAUGAACGAGCAAAGUCCAAAAAGCGCGUUUUGAAAAUGCUGGUAGCGAUUGUCCUUGCGUUUGCACUUUGUUGGCUUCCAUAUCACGUGUAUUUUUUCCUGGAGAAUUACUACUACGUGAAAUGCCCUGGCCCAGCGAACUGGUACUUUUGCGGGAAAUUCAUCGCAUAUGCCAAUAGCGCCAUAAAUCCUUGUAUCUUCAUACGCUUUGAUCGCGGAGUUCGAAGGUUUAUUUCAACCAAGAUCCAUCCUUGCUGUGAAGACAUGGGGGAGCGCACUGACCAAGUGCCUGGAAUGCCGUCGCGUUUCUACUCCAGCCAAACAGGCGCUGAAGUCAUGACCGUUCAGGGGAUCCGAAUGACAAUGAUGGUGACAGGUCAAGGGAGAGGUGAUGACAUCACGAAUGACAUCACACGGUCUGUGUACAUUGCAUGCCCGGUGAUGCAGAGAGGGAAGGAUAAUGAGGGUUUUUAUGGCAACUCGAAAAUAGGUGGAGAAGCCGGUCCGUUAUAGAUGUAGUAUGUAUAAGCUCGCUUCCCAACACGUUUCUGUGAGCCCAGCGAUCCGGUCACCUUUUUAACGGCUUAUCUCUGCUCCCUUAUCACCUAUUUGAAAUGUCUGCCGAUUAAAAAGCGACCUUCGUCAGAUCUAAAGCGAGAGUGUGUUGACCGUCAACGCGCGCUUGCACUGAAGUCUUUGAACCUUGAAGUCUCGAUUAAAUCUUCAUGAAGAUUAUUCGGUUUCAACGGAGACUUUAAGCAAACUUAAAAUUUCACCUAAUUAAAACCCACUCAUUUCUUGUCAUCUGCUUGUGUUGCUAAAGCCUUGAAUCCACAAGAUGGUUGUUUAAAAAAAACAUCCCCCUAACUCUACACUUCACAGAGCACGGAACCAUAUCACAGUAAACUUGUAAAAAGAA